GGGCGGGCGGCGGCCUAGGCAGAAGCAAUCGAUGCUGGAGCGGUCGCUCCUUCUCUAAGCGUGGCCGGCAGCCGUCUACAGGCUCCACAGUCAUAGCCAGGACCCGGCACCGGGAAGGCCGCACCACGCCGAGCAGCAGCCCGUGUGCCCGCCCCAUGGCCGACCAGCCAUGACGGACUACGCAGAGGAACAGCGCAAUGAGCUUGAAGCUCUGGAGUCUAUAUAUGCCGACUCCUUCACAGUGUUGUCUAAAUCGCCAGCAAGUUUCUCUAUCACUGUGACAUCUGAAGCAGCAGAAGAUGAAGAAAAUGUACAAGUAACACUAAAGUUUACUUAUGUGGGGUCGUAUCCAGACAAAGCUCCUCUUUAUGAAAUAGUUUCCCAAGAGAACCUUGAAGAUUCUGAUGCAUCUGGUAUACUGACCGUAUUAGAGGAGCAGGCUCAAGAGAACCUGGGAAUGGUGAUGAUUUUUACUUUAGUGUCUGCAGUCCAAGACAGACUAAAUGAAAUUGUAGACCAAAUAAAAUCCAGAAUAGAAGAGGAAAAAGUCAAGAAGGAAAAAGAGGCAGAAGAAGCAGAAAAGGUUGUGUUCCAUGGAACUCCUGUAUCUAUAGAAAGCUUUCUGAAUUGGAAAGCUAAUUUUGAAGCAGAAUUAGUAGAAAUGAGUAGGAAAAAACUGAAGGAAGAGGAACAAUCGGGAAAAAGUAAAUUAACAGGAAAGCAAUUAUUUGAAACAGAUCAUAACCUCGAUACAUCUGACAUCAAGUUCUUGGAAGAAGCUGGAAACAGUGUUGAAGUGGAUGAAUCUCUAUUCCAAGAUUUGGAUGAUUUAGAACUUGAUGAUGAAGACGAUCCAGACUUUAACCCGAUUGAUAUAGAAAGUGACUAAAGUCCUGUAAUAAAAUGGUCACAGUAUCUGUGACUAUUAAUACGUA